AUGGCAGGCCAGGGCCCGACAGCCCUCUCUACCCGCAGUGUCAACUUCCACCCGACCUCUCCAUCCAAUGAAUGCAACCCACCUUUCCGCAAUUCAGAAGGCUAUCUUGGCUUCAAUGUGGUUCGAAUCGGCGAGAAUGCGCAGGGAGAGGCCCUGUAUGACUGGAUCUUCGCCUUCUCGACGGCUGCUGAUGCAUCGAACGUCCUCUUGAGUGAUCCCCAAGUCCCCAUUGGCGACCGUCUGUACCGUCUUGGAACCUACGAUGGACAUUUUGGAGAACCUCAGUUCGAUCUCUCGGAGCCCAGCCGCACACGAGAUUCCCUAGCACCUCCUCCACCUCCACCAUCAGACAUCUCUCCUCCUCGAAAGCGUCUUAAGAAAUCGCCACCAAACAAGGUCACCUGCAAAAUCUGCUUUGGUGACAUUGAGGGUGUCUAUUCCACGCCUUGUCGACGAUGCAAGGAGGCUCUUUGUUAUGAGUGCCUGAAAACCCUUUUCGACACAGCCAUGAAAAACAUGGACAGGAUGCCCGUCAUGUGCUGCCAAGCCGUCAUGCAUCACGAAGUCGCACGAGGAAUCCUCCCAGCCGCUGAGCUCGAAAAGUACAAAGAAAGAUGUGAUGAAAUCAACACCGUUGAUCCUCUGUACUGCCCUGUGCCAGCUUGCUCUGCCUUUAUCCCUCCUCGAAUGCUCAAGGAAACCGAUACGACGGUCACGUGUCAUGUCUGCAAGACAACCAUCUGCACAAAAUGCAAACAAUAUGCCGGAGCAAAGGGACACGCCUGCGUCAAAGACGAGUCUCAGCAAUUCAUCCUGAAAACAUAUGAAUACAAACUCUGUCCCAAGUGUAGAACUGGCGUCAUGAAAAUGUACGGAUGUCCUCAUGUGAGAUGUCGAUGCGGUGCUCACUGGUGUUGGGACUGUCGACGGUCAAUGAAUGCCUGCUACAAAUACCCAUGUCGUGCUGCCAGAGACGACGGCGUGGAUGGAGAAGAUGAAGAACCCGAGUCUAAUGAGGAGGAGGGCGCAAAUGGGGCCUCUACAUCUGCUCCAGUGCCGACUGAAGUAGAAGCGAGUUUGCAGGCACAAGCUACACAAAGUCACGCUGUCCUCCGCAGCGCCACGGACACGCAUGGCCAGAUUCAAGAGGAUACGGUGGUACACCAGGCUGCAACCGAGGAAUCGGCAGAGGCUGAGAACAUCCAGGACAAUGAGAUCACGCAAGCCCUGACGGCAGACCAGCCAACAAGCGAUCCAAAUGGUCCUGAGGCGACUGCAAGUGCCCCUGAGAAUCUGGAUGACCCGGAAGAAAACGACUGGGAAAAUGAAGAUAUGUUCUUUGGGGAGGAGCCAAUCGACGAGGCCUGGGAUACAUGGGGGUGUCGACAUCAUUUUAAUGAGUUUGGAAAGGACCGGAUCCCCCGAUUCUGGUUGGUCGACUUCAAUCAUGCAACCGACGUGAGCUUGGAAAUUGAGUGUAUGGGUUGUUUUGAGAAGGUCGAGGUUGGGAAGGGUGAGAUCAAGAAGGCUGGAUUCAAGGAGAAGUGGUGCCACUGGAAGCCUUCUGGCCCGACAGAGGAAUCGGAGAGUGAGGCUCAAGCGGUGGUUGAUGGUCGAACAACAACAUCUGCCGAUAAGUCACGAGUCUCGUUCGAAUGUCGCCAUUGCGGAGUCAUCUACUGCGGUCCGUGCAAGAGAGCGGCUAGAAAGAAGAUGGCAAGAGAAUACGAGGCUCCUGAUGCCGACCACUGA